AUGGCAGAGAAGAACCAGAACCAAUACCAACCACCCGAAUCCAAUGGCUAUCACAGGAACGAUCAAGAAUCACUUCAUACCAUGGAGGAUGAGGAGGCCAAGCGCAAGAAGAGGAUGAAAUGGACGAUCGGCAUCAUCGCCUUCAUUAUCUUUCAGGUAGUCCAAGCUCUCUUCUUCGUCCUGGUUAUCAUGAAGUUCAAGUCCCCCAAUUUUAGGGUUAGUGAGUUCAACGUCCAAACCUUCAAUAUUGGGACUCAAGCCUCACCUUCGUUUGACAUGAGCUUCGUUGCCCCGAUCCGAGUCAAGAACACCAACUGGGGUCCCUUCAAGUAUGAUGCUUCUACUAUUAGCUUCACCUAUGGAGGCGUCCAGGUGGGACAAACGAUCAUUCCCAAGAACAAGGCCAACUUCAAAUCCACUAAGAAGAUCGACGUGAACGUGACUCUGAGCUCCGCUAAUUUGCCCACUAAUAUUAAUUCGAAUCUUGGGAGCGAAUUGAGCUCUGGAGUCAUUACGUUGACUAGCCAAGGCGAGCUUAAAGGAAAGAUUACGGUCAUGUUCAUGUUCAAGAAAAAGAAGACGUCACAAAUGAAUUGCACCAUGGCCAUCAAUACCACAACGAAGACAGUCCAAUCCUUGUUGUGUAAAUGA